CCUCCGCCGACCGGCCGGCCGGCUUCGCUCGCCAUGGCCGCCACCGCUUCCUUCCUCUCCCACCUCCUCCUCGCCCCCAAGCGCAGACCCAAAACUCAGCCAAACCCCUCGCAUCUUCCCUCCCAGCGCAUCACGGACCGGCUUCCCUGCCGUGGGCGGCGCUCCUCCGUCGCGGUCUCCGCCGCGGCAUCCGACCUCCUCUCUCCCGCGCCCUCCCUCAAGUCCCGCCUCGCCGCCGGAGACACCCUGUACGGUCUGUUCCUCCUCUCCUUCUCCCCUACCCUCGCCGAGCUCGCCGCCCUCGCCGGCUACGACUACGUCGUCGUCGACAUGGAGCACGGGCCGGGCGGGAUCCCCGAGGCGCUCGCCUGCCUUCGCGCGCUGGACGCCGCGCGCACCCCCGCCGUGCUCCGCCUCCCGGAGGCCAGCGCCGUCUGGGCCAAGAAGGCGCUGGACCUCGGCCCCGCGGGCCUCAUGCUCCCCGCCAUCGAGUCCCCCGAGGCCGCCGCGGAGGCGGUCUCCCACUGCCGCUACCCGCCGCGCGGGGUCCGCGGCGCCGCACACCCCAUCGUCCGCGCCUCCGCCUACGGCUUCGACGACUCCUACCUCUCCCGCUGCGAGGACGAUACCCUCGUCAUCUGCCAGGUCGAGACCGCCACCGCGAUCGCGGAGAUCGACGCCAUCGCCGCCGUCGACGGCGUGGACGUCGUGCAGAUGGGCCCGCUCGACCUGUCGGCUAGCAUGGGAUACCUGUGGGACCCCGGGAACAGGAAGGUCCGGGCUACGCUGAGGGAGGCCGAGAGGAAGGUGCUGGAGGCCAAGAAGAAGAAGAAGGCGGCGGCAGCAGCCUCGGGUGGCAAUGCUGCUUACCUGGGCGGGUUUGCAAUGCAGAAUGACCCGCCGGAGCAGCUCAAAUUGAGGGGUUACCAUAUGGUAGCUGGCGCAGUAGACAUUGCUAUGUUCCGGAAGGCGGCAUUGGAUGAUGUCAGGCGGUUCCGAGAGGCAGUGAUGGAGAUCGGCGAGGAGGAUGAUGAGGAUGAGGUUGAGAAAUGUGAGAAGGAAAAUGACGGGUACUGGAGUGAGUGAGUGAACAGUGUAGAACAGAGCUGAGCUGAAGCAUGGAGAGAAGUGGCUAUGGGUUUUGUUCUGGUGAUAUGUUUUUUGUUCUGAAUUCAGAGGAUUUAUUCGAGAUCUUAAGGAGCCCAAGAAUUUCUAGCUUUAGCUGUACUCUUGUUUAGGUCAUCAUUUGAUUUUCAGGUGAACAAUCCGGUUGGGCAUCUUAAACAUCCCUAUUUGUAGGAUGAAACUCAGAACUGGUGGCUACCAAUAAAGUGCUGUUUUUUUUCGCCCCC